AUGUAUACCUUGACGCGCGGGGUUUUGCCUAUAUUCGUGAAGAGCUACUAUUGUCGCAAAUGUAAGACUCGUUUCAACGCAAAUUAUCAGGUUCAAGAUGCCCAGUGUCCUGAAGCUAGGCGAUUAUAUUAUGACGAGAUAUCCAAGAUACUCAAGGUGGAAGAGACUGUGUUCAUGGAGGUCAGACUGGUUGAGACCUUCCGUGAGCUCAUGGCCACUCUCCACGCCUCGGUGAGUGGCAUAGCACAGUGGUACAAUCAAGGCAUCGCAGCAGCCACAAUGAAUGUUCCCAACAACCUUAAGUACCAUGCCAUCAUGACGGGAGAGAUGGUAUAUGAUGUGUUCUUCCUGCAUGGUCUGCUGUUGGAUCACUUCAAUCAACAUUCCAGAUUGUCUGUACCCCAUGGAGGACAGCAAUGGGAUCGUCUGACUGAAGCGUUAGAGAAGCACAACAUUCACAUGGUUGGCACCGGACAGGAACACUGGGCACAUCGCUGCAAGAUAUGCAUGCACCUAAUUUGUGGGCCAGAUGGAAAGUUAUGUAGUCUGGAUGCUGGGACCAUGGACGGCGUCACCAUGGGCCAUACGUGCUGCUCCAUUGAGGGCAUAUGCAAGGAGUUAUUGGCUACUCCAAAGGAUCGGUUUUGUCCCUCACAUAGCGACCGAAACAACAAGUGCUUUGUCGCAGGCUGCAAAGAACCUCCCGAGAAGCACAACAAGUCUCUUGCCUGCACAACACCUGCUCACUGCGAACGAGAGGCUGAACUGCACCGGCAUAUGCAGAAGGGCAUGAAGGAGCUGAUCGCACGAUAUCUGCGGCGUCCGCGCAGUGAGGCAGAAGGGGGUGAGUCCACAAUGCCCAUGAUCACCCCUACAGAGGCAGCAACAACGCCUUCCCGAACUGCGCAGGUGGAGGCUCUGUUCGGUGCUCUGUUGCAUGCACCCAAGGCCUUGAACGCUGUAGUUGGAAGGUUGAACUGUAAAUGGAUGCACAAUGAGCAACUGUUCGUGCACCCUUGCGGCGUCAUCAUAUCCCGCUGCACUUUCUAUAAUGCCGAAUCCUUAACAGCGUGCAAUGAUUUCCUCAAGGUUAUGUUCCCGACAUCUAGGUACCCCAACUGUCUCCCCAGCUACAUCUUCUACGAUAACAAUUGUCAGCUACUGUGCCAUGCCUGGAAGCAAGGAGAUACUUACUAUAACAAGACAGGGAUGGUCGUAGAGACCUGGCAUGCUAAAUCCCACAAGGAAACCAACAAGUUUUGUCGCAAGUGGUGCCUCCCUUCACGCUUUUCAGAGUUGAUGACAGUCAGGCGCGAUGGGAAGCUAAGGUGGAGGUUCAACAUGUCAUCUGCUGAACAGGCAAACGCAUGGUUUGGGGGAUAUCACCCUAUCAUCAGGGAAAUGCCUCACUGUCGGUAUGAAGUCUUUUGA